AUGUUGGCUGGUGCAAAUGUUUUGAACGAAGAAGGCCAUCGUAUGGUCACUAUUUUCAUGUCCGGCAACAAAGUUCACCCAUAUCCUCAUCUGGGUGAUCUCGUAACUCUGAAAUUAUCAGAAACGUAUGAGGAUGAGCUACGGCCCGAUGGAACACUGCAAAAGAUGCGUGUUGAAACUUUUUUCCAGGUUUUUUUUUUUUAA